GAGGCCGUUAGAGCGCAGCGGGAGCCCGCACCGCUGCUGCUCCUCGCCGGGUAACGAAGGGGGUGAAGCGAGCGGGGGCAGCCGGCCUCGUUUCUCUGCCUUCCGUAGGUGCGCCGCAGGAGUCCAAGCGGGCUGUCUUGCUUCCCGUGCUGCCCUUAAGGAGUGUUUUCCUCAGCUAACCUGGCGUCCUGGCGUGUGAGCUGAGUGUUUGAACGUGGUCUGAGACAGGGAGAGCGACCGCGUAGCGCUAAUGGACACAGUACAUGUUUAAGAAACGGUUUGAAUUGCCAAAAUGCUUUGGAAUUCUUAAACGAUUCAAAAACUGAAGUCCCCGAAGAUACAAAAAUCAUAAGAACACAAGAAGCAGCAAGGAGGAUUCAGUGCCAAUGCAGCAACAAAGAAGACAACCAGAGUUAGUGGAAGGAAAUCUUCCUGUUUUUGUUUUUCCUACAGAACUUAUAUUUUAUGCAGAUGACCAGUCAACACACAAGCAGGUGUUGACUCUAUAUAACCCCUAUGAGUUUGCCUUAAAAUUCAAAGUUCUUUGUACAAGUCCAAAUAAAUAUGUGGUGGCUGAUGCUGCUGGUACAGUGAAGCCUCAGUGCUGUGUUGAUAUUGUGAUUCGUCACAGAGAUGUUCGGGCUGCUCACUACGGUGUGAUAGAUAAAUUUCGUCUGCAAGUGUCUGAGCAGAGCCAGAGGAAAGCACUAGGGAGGAAGGAGAUUAUUGCUACUCUACUUCCAUCUGCAAAGGAACCACCACAACAAAAGGAAGAGGAGGAAAAGCGAAUAAAAGAACACCUGGCUGAAAGUGUCUUUUUUGAGCAGACUUUGUGUCAACCAGGUAAAAACAGAACUGCCUCGUCGGGACCUAGUUUACUAACAGUCUUCCUGGGAAUAGUGUGUAUUGCAGCACUAAUGCUACCUACAUUGGGGGAAAUGGAAUCCCUGGUGCCUCUCUACCUCCAUUUAAGUGUGAAUCAAAAGUUAGUUGCUGCUUAUGUUUUAGAUUUGAAGAGCAGUCACACUAAGCUCAGUUCUCCUGUCCCACUACGUGGCAGAAAUGAGGAUUUAAAGGAAAGGAGCUAGGCAGCUUCAAACUGGUAGCUAGAGGUCUCAUCACCAUGGUUAUUUUGAGAACAUGAGCAAUGACUUAAUAGGAUGUCAAACACCUUACUGUAUAUUCACAUCAUGAAUGUGGACUGCCUUUUAUUCCCAUUUGGCUCAUCAAGAUGCUAGCAAAACCGUUCAGUGAUUUAAGAUACCUUCAGAAGUGUAAUAUAUUUUAACUAUGUAUAAUAAAUGAAAGACUCAAAGCACUUUUAGGUGCUUCUGUAACAGACAGCUAUGAAAUGUUCAGUGAUACCUGUGAAAAUAAUUUGAAAAACUUUUAUAUUUACACCUACUGUAAAAAAUCCUUAUUAAAGCAACAUUUGUUAUUUUUAGUCUAUGUUCACAUUAGUGUGUGAUCACUAUAAAAGCAAACUGUCUUAUGUAAAACAUUUAUUUGGUUUGUGGUUGUACAUGCUGAGGCUGGUGCCUAACACUUCUGUAUACAUACCAGAAGAAGGGUGAGAGUCGUGGCUAAUCAUUGAAGAAAAUGAAAAAAUUCAUCAGUGAAACUAUGAAAUAAACCAUUAAAUUUAGGUGAAGAAGUAAUUCUCAAAUUCCUUACUUCAUCAUUACAAAUAUAUCACUGAGUGCUCAUUUUCAUACCUGGGGAAAUAAUUUCUUCAACAACUGUCUUGUAUCACAAUUGUAGACAAUAAAAACAAGUUCUG